AUACUCCCAUGUGGUACGUUUAAGGGGAUGAAUGUUUAUAUAAAAGUCAUGCUUCUUCUAAUUGCAUCAAUAUUUCUCUUAUAGGGCAUCGAUGUCCCCGAUGUGAAGGGUGUCGUAGUGUACGGGAUGCCGUCCACCACUGGCCAGCUCUACCAGCAAAUAGGGAGGGCUGGAAGAAAAGGGGACCCCGCCCAUGCAGUCUUGUUCUUCAACAAGCCUGACUGGUGUACAGACGGCCCCAUGAAAGACCUGUUCAAAGCAGACUGUCUUCGACAGAAACUACUUCAUCAACUAGGACAGGAGGGACAGGAGAAUCAAGACCGGUGCUGCUCCGUCCACAGCGAUGACGACAGCUGCAUAUUUACGCAAGUGACAGAGGGGCCAGAAAGAAACACAAAGAGAAGAAAGCCACGCCUCAAGCGCAGACAGGACACAAACAAUGAAGAAGAACUAAAAUCUCAAUUAUACAGAUUGCGAGACCAAUGGUAUGAGUUGCGACCUGAGCUUGUGUUCAUUGGCCCAUGCGGCAUAAUGUCUGAUGACACAUUAAACAGAAUCGCAAAAGACUGCCACUCUAUACACACGUGUGAAGAUCUGAAACUAGUCAAAGGUAUUACCAACAUGUCCAUUAACAACCUUGAAACCAUCAUCGCCACCAUUGACAGGCUAAUCCCAGAACAAAACACUAAGAAAAACAGGAGGCCAGUGCUGCGCGAUGUCACAAAUUUGAACCAAUGAUUCAUUCUGGGAAUAGUUUCAUCACGUUGUCACCGAAGGGUCAGUAGUGAUUAAAACACUUGUAAGAAAAAGAGUCUCCAUACUUAAUACAAUACAUAAUUCAUUCGUCCAUCAAAGCAUCUGUG